UUCUUUGGCUGUUACUGGGCUGCGAACUCCGUUGAAUCUUCCAUUGGCCGCCAUAAUUUCGCUUCCUUCUCAAAACCUCACAAAGAAAAACCCCGACUUUUCCCAUAUUCGCUCAAAACUUUUCCAUCACUUUCCCGAGAAACAAAGAUGGCCUUUCGGUCCUCCCUCUUCCGCCUCAGAUCCCACCUCAUCCGCACCAGCACCACGACUAUCACCAGCAGGUUGUUCCAUUCUACAACUCCAACUCUCUCCACCAUCAAAUCUGAAUGCUUGAUUCUCUCUCCUCUUUCAGAUCUCCGUAAAGUCUCUACGGAGUUUCCCUCGCUCACUGGUCUCCGAUUCUUCUCCACCGCCCGACGUCACCCUACGCGCCCGAAAACCGUCGACAUAGGGGCCCGAGCCCGCCAACUCCAAACCCGCCGCCUCUGGACCUAUGCUUUGACGUUCAGUUGCAUUGCGGGUUUUAUAGUUAUCGUAUUAAAUAGCUUUCAAGAUCAACUAGUGUUUUAUGUGACACCAACAGACGCUAUGGAAAAAUACAAAGCAAACCCUCAAAAGAACAAAUUCAGAUUAGGUGGAUUAGUUCUCGAAGGAAGCGUGGCUCAACCCGCCUCUUCGCCUGAAAUGGAGUUUGUGAUUACAGAUUUAAUAACUGAUAUUUUGGUCCGGUAUCAGGGAUCGCUGCCCGACUUGUUUAGAGAAGGGCAUUCGGUGGUGGUGGAAGGGUUUGUGAAACCAUUCACGGAGGAGUUAAGGAAGGAGGUGGGAGUGAAGAGCGUUUCAGGGAAAGCGAGGAGCGGUGAGUGUUACUUCUCUGCUACGGAGGUUUUGGCUAAGCAUGAUGAGAAGUAUAUGCCUAAGGAGGUGGCGGCAGCAAUUGAGAAGAAUAAGCAGCAAAUUGAAGCUGCUGAAGGAAGAAAAGAGGAAGCCGUAAACUAAUUGUGAUAUUUGGUGUUUGAAAUACAUUUAUAUGAAGCGGGAGGAGUGACUGGUAACAAUUGGCUACUUAGAAAUUGUUAUCACAGUUGUUUAGCUCAGGCAUUAAUCAUUGGUUGUGAGGGAGAGAUAAUUGGAUCAUUUCCUUCUACUUUUCUUUUUUCCCCUUUGAUGUUGUAAUUUCACAUGCAUUCAUGAAAUAACCCUGCAGUUAAUUGGGUGAUUAAUAAUUCCUCCAAGGAAUACACAUUUAGAUUAGUGAAAACUUUUGCAAUAUAUUUGGGAUGGAAAUUUUUGAGA